AUGGAUUUUCUUGGAGAGCAGCCGGUUUGCGAGCAGCCGCGCCGCAGGCGGAAGCUGAAGCUCAGGAGCCUGGAGGUCAGCACAGUGGUGCACACAGUCGCGUUUCUGUGGUUUUUGCGGGUCUGGCUCUGGCACCUGACGCCCGCAGCAUCAGUUCUGCCCGGUGCCCAGGGCUGGGGCUGGUUUGUGCGUUUCCUGACGUUCUACUCCUACACCCUCCAGACCUUCACCUUGGGCCUCGCCGCCGCCGAUGAUUGGAGCAAGCUGCUGACGGGGCGGCCCGCGUCGCGCUUUACGCGCCUGGCUGACGACCUGUCUUCGGCCGUGUUUGCUCUGGCCCACGUGGUGACCAUCAUGUUCUACACCAUCCAGACCGCCACCAAAAAGGUGGUGGAGGGCGACGUGGAGCGCCCCUACUGGCUCAACUCGUCCGUCCACCUUUACAACACCUUUGCAGCCUGGGGGGACCUGCUCACGGCGCACCGCAGCUUCAGCCAGCGCAGCGAGCGCAUGUCAACCGCCAUCACGCUUGCCUACCUCUGCUACAUGCUGCUGUGCAAACACAUGAAUGGGCAGUACCCCUACCCCUUCAUGCGCAACCUCAAGGAGCCCCACGGCUUCCUGGGCACGGCAGCCUCGGGCCUGCUGCUGUUUGCGGGCGCCUUCCGCGUGGGCAAGGCCAUCAACCGCCGCGUGCGUGCUGUGUCACUCUCCAUUGCGGGAGACAGCGGCACCAUCACCAUAUGCGCAGCCAAGGCCGAGGUCGUGGCCCCGCAGCGCGCCCUGCACGGCCACGCAUUCGCCGUGGUGCACCGUGCCCCGCGCCGCUCGGCGUCAAGCUCGGUGCCAGUCAAGGAGGAGUGA